UUUAUGGAAGGGAUCUCUGUGGAUGGUGGAGCUGCAGCAGAGAUGAAACUCUUCUAAUAUCGUGGAAGGGUGCCCUGAAGUCUGAGGUCUCCGAAAUCGGAGGAUAAACUCUGUAGAGAACGGAUAACAGGGAAGGGCAUGUGGAAAUAAGGUUUGAAAAGCAGACCGUUUCUGUAUGUGUGUCUUCAGUGGGGGGCCGCUCGCUCUUUCCCCAGUAAUACUGGGCCCUCCGCCAUCCCUUCUACAGCGCUGAAAGCAGUGGCGUCCGAUCUGGCACUGGGUGUACUGGAAAUCGAGGGACUCGCCCCUUUCCUUGCGGGAAACCAUGUCCACCUUCCGGCAAGAAAAUGUGGAAGACUAUUAUGAGAUGGAAGAGGAGCUGGGCAGCGGCCAGUUUGCAAUCGUGCGGAAGUGCCGCGAGAAAAAGAGCAGCUUGGAAUACGCGGCCAAGUUCAUCAAGAAGCGGCGUCUCUCUUCCAGCCGCCGCGGGGUGAGCCGCGAGGAGAUUGAGCGGGAGGUGAACAUCCUGCGGGAGAUCCAGCACCCCAACAUCAUCACGCUCCACGACAUCUUUGAAAACAAGACUGAUGUGGUUCUGAUCCUGGAGCUGGUCUCCGGCGGAGAGCUCUUUGAUUUUCUGGCUGAGAAGGAGUCGCUGACGGAGGAGGAAGCCACCCAGUUCCUCAAGCAGAUCUUGGAUGGCGUCCACUAUCUCCACUCCAAGCGCAUUGCGCACUUUGACCUCAAGCCUGAAAACAUCAUGCUUCUUGACAAAAAUGUCCCAAGCCCGCGCAUCAAGCUGAUUGACUUUGGCAUUGCUCACAAGAUUGAAGCAGGGAAUGAGUUCAAAAACAUCUUUGGCACCCCGGAGUUUGUAGCUCCAGAAAUAGUCAACUAUGAACCUUUGGGCCUGGAGGCUGAUAUGUGGAGUAUCGGAGUCAUCACAUACAUCCUCUUGAGUGGCGCGUCUCCGUUCUUGGGCGAGACAAAGCAGGAGACGCUGACCAACAUUUCUGCCGUGAACUACGACUUUGACGAGGAGUAUUUCAGCAACACCAGCGAGCUGGCCAAGGACUUCAUUCGGCGCCUGCUUGUCAAGGACCCCAAGAAGCGGAUGACGAUUGACCAAAGCCUAGAGCACCCGUGGAUUAAGGUGAUCAAGCGCCGGAAUGUCCGCAACGAAGACAACGGGAAGAAGCCAGAGCGGCGCCGCCUCAAGACGACACGCCUGAAGGAGUACACCAUCAAGUCCCACUCAAGCAUGCCCCCCAACAACACCUACGUCAACUUUGAGCGUUUCUCCAAGGUCAUGGAAGAGGUGGCUGCGGCCGAGGAGAGCCUGCGGGGGCUGCAACGCAGCAAGAAGUCCUUCCAGGAGGACGUUGAGGCCCUGCGCUCCAUCUACGAGGAGAAGGAGCUGUGGUACAAAGAGGAGAACGAGGCCAUCGGCCAGGACCUCCGGCAAAUCCGGCAGGAGAUGCAGAAGACAGAGGUCCUGAAGCGGCAGGCCCAGGAAGAGGCCAAGGGCGCCUCGUUGGCGGCCAACGGGCUGAAGCGGCGCUACCGGAAGCUGGAGAACCGCUACGAGGCCCUCGCCAAGCAGGUGGCCUCCGAGAUGAAGUUCGUGCAAGAGCUGGUGCGCUCCGUCGAGCUGGAGAAGCUGGAGGGCGGGGAAGGCGGGUGUGGGAUCCGCUAGCGCCAUUUCCCCCUCAGCCGUUUUGAGGAGACCUGCCUUGGUUGCGGUUAUGGGGGCCAGGUCUCUCCCGCACCCCCUAAAUUUCUACCCUGAAGGGUAUGCUCCUUGUUUAAACGCUGGUGUGACCGCUUCCAAGACUAUGCAUCUCAUGCCCGAGCCCAACAGGGUGGACAAGAUCACUGCAUGCUUGGAACUUGUAGUCUUAAACCAGGACUGCACGCUUAUUUAAAUAUCCAUCCUGUGCGGGCUGCCCUCUUUGGGUGAGCUUCUGAUGCUGACUCGGACUCCUCAGCAAAAUCCUUGCUUCCAAUCUCUCUCUCUCCCCCCUCAUGAGAUUCUGACUGCAAACUGUGGAAGCCGAAAGUCUGUUUCAUUGUGGGCCUACUGACUGGGGUGUACGAGUGGCAUGGGGGGUGAUUGGGCAGGCGUGAUGUGCGAGGGGAACGGCCUGUCUCUCCAAACCUGCCAUUCCAGGGCUGAGGCCGCUGUGCCACUCAUGCACUGUUGCUCAUCGCUCCAUUCCACCGUCUCGUGGGGAUUCUUUGCUGGGGGGGGGGAAACACUCAUUGCAGAGGACAAUUGGCCACGUUCUCUGGGACCAAGGGUGCACUUUGCACGUGUUACGUUCUGUAUGGUGAAAGAGGCUCCGCUACAUGUCUCUCAGGGUAUAGCUGAGUUGUGGACAGUGAAUAGAAGGUGAGAAUUUCCCUCCCUCAAGCUUGGCAUGCGUGUGUAAAAUAACAAAGAGCCUUUGUUAUUUUGCCACAUCCGGCCGGAUUUUAUCUCCUACCACAGCGGCAGGAAUGUGGGAAGCUGCCUUCUACUGAAUCAGACCCUUGGCCCAUCUUGCUCAGUACGGCCUACACUGACUGGCAGCAGCUCUCCAGGGUUUGAGGCAGGGGGUCUCUCCCAGCUGUACCUGCAGAUGCCAUUUGGGGAACUGAACUGGGGACAUUCUGCGUGCAAAGCAGGGCUCUAACCACUGGGCAUCUGCCUUGUCUACCUCUCAGACGAUAGUUUCCUUAUUACAAUUUUCCUUCCCAGUAUGAAGAACUGGUCUUUUUCUCCCUCUCCCUCUUAAUAAUCACAGGGUUAAUCUUUAGGAGAAGGGUCUCCGCAUAACAACUGUCCUGGCUUCUGUUUAACUGUCCUGAGUCUGCUGUUUCACUCCCACCCACCCCAAGCUAAAGGGUGUUCUGAUUUGGCUAUUUGGUAGUUGUGAAGCCAUACAGUCUUGAAAUAUGAUAUACUUGUGGCUUCUGCAAAGCCAUCCUUGCCUGUAAAAGAAUAAAAUGUGGGUUUUUUUUAUAUUGACUGAGA